ACAGAAACUAUGGAUCCCCACCUCAGUGUCCAAGAUGUGAUCAGAUGUGACCUUUGUGAGACAGCUAUAGUACAGAUGUACUGUGAUUUCUGUCAUGUCAAACUCUGUAAACCCUGUAUCGGAGAACAUAUUGCUGAUGAAUAUGACAAACAUAAAGUUGUUCCAGUCCAAGAAAGAAAAUCCACCUUAAUAUAUCCGAAGUGUGCAACACAUCCAACCAAAUCAUGUGAUUUACAAUGCAGGGAAUGUAAAGUUCCUGUUUGCUCCUUAUGCUCUGCAUCAGAACAGCAUAAAGGACACAAUUUUUUAGUCCUCGCAAAAGUAUACAACUCCAAGAAAAAAAAUAUCGCAAAAGAUACAGAGGAAUUACAAAACAUUAUUUAUCCUACAUACAAAGAAAUCACAAACGAUCUAGAAACACAGAUUACUAACUUGGAUAGAGAAUAUGAGAAAUUUAGAACAUCCGUUACAGAACAUGGAAAACAAUGGCACAGAGAAAUUGACAAUGUCAUCAACACCACGAAAAAAGAAAUUGACGAUUUUAAAUUAAAACACAUAUACAUUAUGAAGAAACAUGCAGAAGAAGUGAAACAAAUACAGACUCUUAUUGAACAAACUCUGCUCAACCUGAAGGAAAAAGAAGAAUCAAAUGAAGUGUCCCUGACCAUGGAAUACAGCUCCAGAAACAAAGAAUACAGCAAACAUCCUACCAAAGUUAACGUAUCACUGCCCAUUUUUAAUGCUAAUCCGGUAGAUAGAGAACAGCUCUACAAGUUGUUUGGAUCUCUGGCACCAUUAUCUACUACAUCAGAAGAAAAUGGCUACAACCUGAAGAAACCUGAAACAUCAACCAGAGAACUGCAUGAAGAACCAGAACUUAUCACUACUAUAGAUACUGGGUAUGAAAAACUAUACAGUGUUACCUGCCUCAGUGAAGAAGAAAUCUGGACAAGUGAAAAAGUCAGUGAUAUGAAAUGCUUUAACAUUCAAGGCUCACGUAUCAAGACAAUAACAAAGAAAUCAGGAGGAUGGCCAGGUGACAUAGCAGUGACAGGUGAUGGGGAUCUAGUGUACUCUGAUGGGAAGAAAAAGACUGUUAAUAAGGUUACAAAUGGAAAGACAAAGAAGAUGAUCAGACUACAGGACUGGACACCCAACAAUCUCUGUGUCACCUCCACUGGGGAUCUCCUAGUGGGUAUCAUGCGAAGUGAUGAUUAAACACAAUCCAAGGUUGUCCGCUACUCGGGCUCCACAGAGAAACAAACAAUCCAGUUUGAUAAGGAGGGUAAACCUUUGUAUUCAGGAAAUGACAAGCUUAAAUACAUCAGCGAGAACAGAAACCAGGAUAUCUGUGUGGCAGACCUUGGAGCUGGUGCUGUUGUAGUUGUCAACCAAUCUGGAAGACUUCGAUUUAGAUACACUGGUCAUCUUCCUACUAUAAAGAAGGAACCAUUUAAACCCUUUGGCGUCACAACAGACAGCCAGAGUCAGAUCCUGACAGCAGACUUGUAUAACAACUGUAUCCACAUCCUAGACCAGGAUGGAGUGUUCCUCCCUUAUAUUGAUAACUGUGAUCUUGAGAAUCCAUGUGGUUUAUGUUUGAAUAAAAAUCAUGUGUUUGUUGCUGAAUGGAGAGGAAAGGUUAAGAAAAUUAAGUACCUUGAAUGGGUGUUGAAGAGGCUAACACCCCCAUCGCCUCAAAUACACACAUUUGUAUUAACCAGAACUUCUACAGAAACUAUGGAUCCCCUCCACAGUGCCCAGGAUGUGAUCAGAUGUGACCUUUGUGAGACAGCUAUAGUGCAGAUGUACUGUGAUUUCUGUCAUGUCAACCUCUGUAAACCCUGUAUUGGAGAACAUAUUGCUGAUGAAUAUGACAAACAUAAAAUUGUCCCAUUCCAACAAAGAAAAUCAACCUUGAUCUAUCCAAGGUGUGCUACACAUCUAACCAAAUCAUGUGAUUUACAAUGCAAAGAAUGUAACUUUCCUGUUUGUUCCUUAUGCUCUGCAACAGAACAGCAUGAAGGACAUAAAUACUUAGUCCUCGCAGAAAUAUACCACUCCAAGAAAAAUGAUAUCGCAAAAGAUACAGAGGAAUUACAAAACAUUAUUUAUCCUACAUACAAAGAAGUCACAAACGAUCUAGAAACACAGAUGACUAUCUUGGAUGGAGAAUAUGAGAAACUUACAACAGCCGUGACAGAACAUGGAAAACAAUGGCACAAAGAAAUUGACAUUGUCAUCAAUGCCAUGAAGAAAGAGAUUAAUGAUUUUAAAGUAAAACACUUUGGCAUUAUGAAGAAACAUGCAGAGGAAGUGAAACAAAUACAGCCUCUUAUUGAACAAACUCUGCUUAACUUGAAGGAAAUAGAAGAAUCAAAUGAAGUGUCUAUGACCAUGGAAUACAGCUCCAUAAACAAAGAAUUCAGCAAACUUCCUCCCAAAGUGAACGUAUCACUGCCCAUGUUUAAUACUAAACCAGUAGAUAGAGAACAGCUCUACAAGUUGUUUGGAUCUCUUGCUCCAUUAUCUACUACAUCAGAAGAAAAUGGUUACAAACUGAAGAAACCAGAGACAUCAAACAGAGAACUGCUAGAAGAACCAGAACUUAUCACUACUAUAGAUACUGGAUAUGACAAUCUCCGCAAUGUUACCUGUCUCAAUGAAGAAGAAAUCUGGACAAGUGGAGAAAUCAGUGAUAUGAAAUGCUUUAACAUUCAAGGCUCACUUAUCAAGACAAUAAGAAAAGAAUCAGGGGGAUAUCCACAUGAUAUAGCAGUGACAGGUGAUGGAGAUCUAGUGUACUCUGUUGGGAUGAAAGGGACAGUUAAUAAGGUUAUGAAUGGACAGACGAAGGAGAUGAUCACACUACAGGGCUGGACACCUAACAAUCACUGUGUCACUUCCUCUGGGGAUCUCCUGGUUACGAUGUGCAGUAAAGAUAAAACACAAACCAAGGUUGUCCGUUACUCGGGUUCCACAGAGAAACAAACAAUCCAGUUUGAUGAGGAGGGUAAACCCCUGUAUUCAGGAAAUGUCAACAUUAAGUACAUCAGUGAGAACAGAAACCUGGAUAUCUGUGUGGCUGACAGUGAAGCUGGUGCUGUUGUAGUUGUCAACCAAGAUGGAAAACUCAGAUCUAGAUACACUGGUCAUCUUCCUACUAUAAAAAACAACCCUUUUAAACCCUAUGGCAUCACAACAGACAGCCAGAGUCAGAUCCUGACAGCAGACGUGUAUAACAACUGUAUCCACAUCCUAGACCAGAAUGGACAGUUCCGCCGUUAUAUAGAUAACUGUGAUCUGAAGUACCCAUGGGGAUUAUGUGUGAAUAAAAAUUAUCUGUUUGUUGCUGAAUGGGGAGGAAAGUUAAAGAAAAUCAAAUACCUUAAAUAGAGAUACAUGUAUAUGUACAUGCUUAUAAAAAGGUGUUCAUAAUGGGU